AUGGCGGACCGUUUCCCAUCACUGGAUGACUUCGAUUCCGGAGCGCAAACAGAGGUCAAGGACACCGCUGGCUCUGGCGAACAGGACUUCCUCGCGCGCGAGAAGGCGCUUCUCGGUGACGAUGCCGAACAAUUCGCUAACAGUGGCGACGCUACCGCAUUGGCCGAAUCCAGCGGAGAUCUUAUCGGCGAAGGAAAUGCGCCGUCCACAUUCGAAUCACAGUUCCCGGAUCUCGCUGACCCCUCAUCUGGCAUGCCAGGUGCACCUGGAGCAUCAACGAUUACGGGCCCGUCUGUCAGCUACAAUUCGGGAUACCAAGCCACAGCGGCCGACGAAGAGGAGCCCGACGUGAUCAAGCAAUGGAGGGAAAAGCGCGACGCACAGAUUGCGAAGAGAGCAGAGCAACUGGCCGCGCAGAAAGAAGAGACGAUAAAAGAAGCUCAGCAGAACAUCGACGACUUCUACGAGAACUACAACACAAAAAAGGAGAAGGGCAUUGCUCAGACUCGCAAGGAUGCCGAGCAGUUUCUGGAGAACCGAGAAGAUACCGUGUCAGGUGGCACCAGCUGGGAUAGAAUUGCUAAAUUGGUUGACGUCAGUGGCAAGGGAAGCAAAGGCGGUGCGUCUGGUAGUGGCAAGGAGCGAUUCCGUGAGAUGCUAGUGAAUCUUCGCAAGGAUGAGAAGGCACCUGGAGCUACCGGUUACUAA